ACGGAGGCACGCGCGCGGCGGGGCCGGUGCGCGGGGCCGCGGUCGAGCUCGGGCUGCCAGCCCCGGGCCCGCCGGUGCCAUGGACGGCCUGCGCCAGCGCUUCGAGCACCUUCUGGAACAGAGGAACUUGGUCACCGAAGCGCUGGGGGCUCUCGAAGCCAAGACAGGUGUCGACAAGCGGUACUUGGCCGCGGGAGCCGCCACUCUGCUAAGCCUGUAUCUUCUGUUCGGCUUCGGGGCGUCUCUACUGUGCAAUGUAAUCGGCUUUGUGUACCCCGCCUAUGCAUCAAUCAAAGCUAUCGAGAGCCCAAGCAAAGAGGACGACACUGUGUGGCUCACCUACUGGGUGGUGUACGGCCUGUUCGGGCUGGCAGAGUUCUUCAGCGAUCUACUCCUGUCCUGGUUCCCUUUCUACUACGCGGGCAAGUGCGCCUUCCUGUUGUUCUGCAUGAUUCCCGGGCCGUGGAACGGGGCUCACAUGCUGUAUCAUCGCGCCAUUCGUCCACUGUUUCUAAAGCACCACGAGGCCGUGGACAGCGUCGUGAGGGACUUCAGCGGGCGAGCCCUGGACGUGGCGGCCGGAAUCACGCGGGACGCCAAAGCAAGUGUGGCUCAGCUCCAGAAGGACAAGUGAAAGCGUCGCCCAGCCUCCACAAGGAGCCGCCACCCGCUGGCGAGCCGGGGGGCACAUCGCGGCCCAAGUCCCCCCUGGAUUCCCCCACCGACUCGCCGGCAGAGACCUCCACGAGCCCCUCGUCCCCGAGCAAGCCGGUCCCCGCCAGC